UUGUGCCAACAUAAAAAUCCCGCCGCAACGCAAAAUUCCGUAAAAUUCACACGUAGUUUUAUGAAUAUAUCUUGAAAAAUUCGUGAUGACCGAUCUAAUAUAUAAAAGAUAUGAGAAGUCACUUGGUCUCCUCACAACAAAGUUUGUGUCACUAUUGCAGAAAGCGAAGGACGGAGUGUUGGAUUUGAAAAUUGCAACGAAUUUACUAGCUGUACGACAAAAAAGGCGAAUUUAUGAUAUCACUAAUGUAUUGGAAGGUAUUGGUUUGAUAGAGAAAAGGAGCAAGAACAGUAUACAAUGGAAAGGCGCAGGUCCUGAUGGCAAUGCUUCCAGUAUUGGUGAACGAGUUACAUCACUAAGAAGGCAAAUUGGCCGAUUGGAAGAAUAUGAAAGACAACUUGAUAAACAAAUGCACUGGAUCCAGCAGAGCAUAAAGAAUGUAUUGGACGAUGCUGACAAUGAGGCACUCAUUUAUGUCACAGAGCAAGAUAUCAAGGAUUGUUUUGAAGAAAAUCAAGUUCUAGUUUGUGAGACUCCACUCGGCGCUACAUUGGGAGUUGGCAAGAAAACUAAGUGUAAGGAUGAUUUCUUUCUUCAUUUGAAGUCUUCUGACCCAAUUGGAGUAAUACUCUUAUGUGAUAAAGAGAAAGACAGACAAUUAGAUGAAGAAAAUAUGGAUGAAGUACAGAGUAAUACAGAGAUUGGUGAAGAAACCCCAAUGCAUACUGACGAUUAUCUUCUAAGGCUGAGCCCUCCAGUCACGAGACAAGAUUUCGCCUUCUCCUUGCGAGGGUCAGAAGGUUUAUGCGACCUAUUUGAUAUUCCUUGUUGAGUGAACUUUAUACCUUUGUAAGUUUGAUAGAUUUUCUAUACAUUUUGUGAUCAAUCCUGUUGAAUUUUAUGUACAUAAAUCAUGUUAACAAUCAAUCAAAGUUAUACUAGAUAGUAAGUACGCAUAAGACGAGAAAUGAAAUAAAAUAAAUUUUGCUUAUAAAAUUCAA